AUGGACUUUCUGCUGCAACUACUUAAUAUAACACUUCUUAGUAUGGAAGCUAGUUGGCAACUACAGGAACUAAACGACAUUGUAAAAGCAGUUGAGAAUACAACAGAAAUUUUAACUUUGGCAAUAUUUGGACAAUCUCAAGAAAUCGAGCCAUACAUAAGAGUAGCCGAAAGCAAUAGCAUACCGAAAUUAGUGAUGACAAGAAAUUAUGGUGACAUUAGUUUUAAUUAUGAAACGGGUUUUAAUAGACAAAUAUUUUUCAUAGCGGUGGCAGCAUUAGAACACAAAGCCUGGUGGAAUCACUUAAAUACUGCGUUUUUGGGUAGGCAGGGUUAUGUUAAGGGUGUUUUCAUUACUAAACUUCCCAGAAGGAGAAAUCCACGUUUGGACUUGAGAGAACACUUUGAAUGGUGCUGGAAAAAAGGUUUUACUAAUGUUUUAAUUCUAGUGGACAAUGAAAAAUAUUACCAGUUGGAAUAUGAAAUUUAUAACUAUAAUCUUUUUGAUGGCCAAAAAAUUAUAAAUAUGACGGAUUUUAGCAAAUUGGAGUUGUAUCCGGAUAAAUUUAGAAAUUUACAUAAAUACAAAAUAAGAACACUGGCUCAAUUUGAUCCACCUAGAGUAUUUGAUAAAAGAGAGUAUGUGGGCAAACAGAAGAAACCCUUACUAGGCUAUGUGGCCUCUCUAUUUCAAGCCUUUCUCAAGGAAUAUAAAGCCGAAAUGGAUUUAAUGUAUUUUAAUAUGAAUAAAAGUUACAACAUAUUUGAUAUUAUACAAAGAGUUGAAAAUGAUGAAGCUGAUUUGGCCAUUAAUCCUUAUAUACCCUAUAAAGGUGUGCACUUAAGUUAUCCUUUGCAUAUGCUGCAAAGAUGUGUGGUGGUACCCUUUCCGAAGGAACAAUCAAAAUAUAAGUUUUUUAUAAUGCCUUUUGAGAGUAAAGUUUGGAUAAGUUUUUUAGCCACUUGGCUAAUCCUAAGCUUGGCCAAAUUAUUUGGUUGGUUUGUAAAAUACAAACGUUUAGCUCAUAGAUCGACAGCAGAUGUAGAUGUGACUGAAAUAUUUCUAAAUGUUUGGAGAUUAAUGAUGUAUUUGCCCUCGUUUACAAGUUGCUGUUAUGUACAUUUCAAAUGGUUUAAUGCCUUAUGGUUUAGUUUAAUAGUGGUCAUGGGUUUUAUUUUCUCCAAUUUAUAUAUGGCCUCUUUAACUAGUUUCUUUUCGGGGCUUACAUUUAAGCCCACGAUUGAUACGUUAGCGCAACUUAUACAACGCCGUAUUAUUGUAGAUGCAGUGGACUAUGAAAUUCCUACUAUUUUAACUAAUCGUGAUUUACCUCAAGCUUUUUCAAAACUAUUACGUGCCCGUAAUGCUUCGGAAUUAAUGGACGAUAUAUUGGCCUUAAACUCACAUCAUUCUUAUACAGAUCUAACAGAUCGCAUACAAUUCGCUUUAAAUCAGCAAAUACAUUUGAAACAACCCAUAAGUCAAAUAGUCAAGGAGUGUUUAACUACUAUGCCUUUUGGAUUUCUAAUGCCCGCUCAUUCCCAGUACGAAAGACCCUUAAAUCGUUUCAUUUUAAGAUCUAAUGCAGCUGGUCUGAUUGAUAAAUGGUUUUUGGAAGCCAUACAAGAAGACCUUUAA